AGAGUCGGCCUGACUGGCAGCUGUGCUGUUUGCAUUUGUCGCCGGUGCGCAUCAGUUUAACUUUGAUUAUGACGGACGAAACAACGCCGCUUACCGAUGCCGUUCCCAGUGGCUCCGGAUAUGUUGUCCUGCCGCCGUAUCAGGGACCGGAGCGUGUCUUUCCGGGUGGUGUUUCUCCGCGUGCGCGACGCAACAAGAUGCGACAGUUCCAGUGCUGCAUGGGCAUCACCUUUAUAGCGAUUGUAUUUACCGCCCUGUGCCUGGCACUGGUGUUCAGUGAUUCCCUGGGCGGAGCGGAUGGAGGUCCCAGCUUUUUUUUCGUCGUCAAUGGAUCGGAUAGCGAAUUGGCCCCAAAUAGGCCACUGCCAGACGAACCGGCUGCGGAAUGGGCGCUGCAGCAGGCGGCACUGGGUCAUCAUGAUGGUGCUCAGGCAGUCAGUGCUGGGAUUAAGGCACUGGGAGAUCGGGAAAUACUGGAGGAGGGUCUGCAGCCGAACGAGGUGAAUACGCCGUCCUUCCGACACUAUCGUUCCCUGAGCACAAAUCCAGAGGCAAGGAAGCUGGCACGUCGCGGCUAUGUGGAGAACCAGGCCACCAUAGACAUUGCCAAGAGGUUUAACUACACCAAACAGCCGGGACGCAGCAACAUUGGUUGGGGACCCAAGAUAGUUCUGCCAGAUCCUACGGUACUCCGUUUGGAAUGCGAUUUCAAUGCGCGCUACAGAAGAUCCACCGGGGUGUGUAACAAUAAACAACAUCCCAGGACCUACGGAGCAUCGAUGGUUCCAUAUCGUCGCAUGGUGUCGCCGGACUAUGCGGAUGGUAUUGCUGCUCCGCGAGUUAGUCAUCAUGGACGGUUACCGCCGGCUCGUCAGGUCUCUCUGAAAAUCCAUCGUUCCAGCUACGAAACGGACUCGAAUUUUACGGUAAUGCUGGCCGUUUUUGGUCAGUUCAUGGACCAUGACAUCACAGCCACAUCGCUGACCACUUCGCAGGAGGGUGAGUCCAUCGAUUGUUGUGUGGCUGCCACCCGCGAGCAGCAUCCGGAAUGCUAUCCGGUUGAUAUUCUGCCCGAUGAUCCCUACUACAAGCAGUACAACAUCAGUUGCAUGAAUUUCGUGAGAUCUGCUCCAGCGCCAACGGGUAGAUUUGGUCCACGGAUGCAGCUGAACCAGGCCACGGCAUUUAUCGAUGCCUCCGUCGUGUACGGCAAUCUGGAGCAGCGGCAAAAUCAGCUGCGCAGCUUUAUCAACGGAUCUCUUCGGAUGUUUGUCACGGAUGAUGGUCGCCAGCUAUUGCCCAUUUCCUCGAAUCCGGCAGAUGGCUGCAAUCGUGUCCAGAUGACUCGACUGGGUAAAUACUGUUUCGAGUCCGGCGAUGAUCGGGCCAAUGAGAACCUGUUGCUCACAUCUAUGCAUUUGCUGUGGGCUAGACAUCACAACUAUUUGGCUCGACAAUUGCAGGAGCAGAAUCCACAUUGGGAGGAUGAGCGGCUCUACCAGGAAGCCCGAAAGAUUCUUGGUGCUCAGAUGGCACACAUCACCUACAAUGAGUUUUUGCCAGUGCUGCUGGGGAAGAAUAUCAGCGAGGCCAAGGGCUUGCUGCCUGCCAAACACAAUCUAAAUGCUCCGGAUACGUAUGACCCGGAGGUGGAUCCAAGUAUUGCCAAUUGCUUUGCAGCAGCCGCAUUUCGAUUUGCACACACUCUUCUACCGGGAUUGUUUAAUAUCUCGAGGGAUAACAGCACUCCCGAGGCCAUCGAACUGCACAAGAUGCUCUUCAAUCCAUUCUCGCUCUGGGCGGAGCAUGGCAUUGACCACGCCCUGAUGACAGCGGCCAAUACGCCGGUGAUGCAAGUGGAUCGCUUCUUUUCACUGGAAGUCACGCAAAAGCUUUUCGAAGGCACCGCAGAGGAUAGGGUGCCUCUUUGUGGACUCGAUUUGGUAUCCUUAAACAUUCAGAGGGGUCGGGAUCAUGGCAUACCCUCGUAUCCAGUCUUCCGUCGCCAUUGCCGCCUGCCGACGGUGGACACGUGGGAGGAGAUGUCACAGGCCAUUGACAACGCUACUCUGGACUCCAUCCGGCAGAUUUAUGAAUCUCCGCAGGAUGUGGACGUCUAUACGGGUGCACUUAGUGAGCCGCCACUGGAUGGAGCUAUUUUUGGUCCGUUGCUCAGCUGCAUGGUUUCCGACCAGUUCCUACGCCUCAAACUAGGUGACUCCCAUUGGUACGAACGGAAAAUGGGCCCACAGAAGUUCACCAAAGCUCAAUUGGCGGAGAUCUACAAGACCAGUCUGGCCGCCAUCAUUUGUCGCAACUCAGAUGGAAUCACCCGAGUGAGGGAGCAUGUUAUGCAGAGACUGCGCGAUGGAGGUAAUCCCCAUGUGGAUUGCCAGGACCUGGAGGGAUUCCAUUUCAAUUUCGAACCCUGGUCCGAGAAGCAACAGCCCCAGGAUCUUCAUAGUGCCGGCAUAAGCAGGGGAUCCACUUCGGUGCGAGUAAUGUCCAAGGCAAAUCAUCAAGCCCACAACGUAACCCUACAUAUUGAUAAAGGAAUCUAGUUAGAAACAAGAUUCAAUUUUGAUUAGGAAGGAUUUAAUAUUAAAUAUUAUAAAAAAC